AUGGUGCAAUGUAUGAGAGCUGCAACGGCACCCGCCGUGUGCUUGUUCGUUGAGAAUCUCGUAUUCAAUCUUUUUGGAGCGCCAGCGUUCUGUAUCACUGAUAACGCAACAGUCUUCAAAUCAGCAUUAUUCAGAAGUCUGUUGGAAAAGUACAAGGUCACGCAUUGGAAUUUGGCCGUCUAUCACCCCGGUCCAAAUCCCACCGAACGAGUAAAUCGUAUAAUCGUUACCGCCAUCCGUUGUUCCCUUAAUCGACAGAAGGAUCACCGUGCGUGGGAUGAAUCCGUUCACCAAAUCGCUCAGGCUAUCCGAACCAAUGUACAUGAUAGCACUGGCUUCACUCCAUUCUUCAUAAAUUUUGGACGCAAUAUGGUUAGUUGCGGUCAGGAAUACGACCUGCUACGCAAAACUGAUGAUGAGUCAAAAAUUACACCGGUGCAAUUAAGCGAGAAUAUGAAAAAUCUAUACAACGUAGUGCGACAGAAUUUGAUGAAAGCGUAUCAACGCUACUCUUCUUCCUAUAACACCCGCGCCAAUAAAAAGCAUCACUUUACAGAGGGAGAUAUAGUGUUCAAAAAAAAUGUUCACUUGUCUGAUAAAAGCCGCGAUUUUGUUGGGAAGUUUUCCAACAAGUACAGUAAGGUUCGUGUGCGCGAAGUUUUGGGAACAAACACGUAUGUUUUAGAAAAUCUGGACGGAAAUCGGAUUCAAGGCUGCUAUCAUGGAUCAUUCCUAAAGAAAGCAUAA